AUGAAGGAUUUCAUGCAGAUAAAAACAUUACGUUUGUGGAAUGGAUAUCACAGGAAAUUGGCAACUUGUAAAAACUUUUUUUUUUCCAUCAAUAAAAUUGCGUUGCCAGAAAAUUUUAACUACAGUUCGCAGCUAGCCAACUCAGCCUAUAAAAGAAACAGACCAAUAUUAGAAAUAAACAAAAAUGAGAGAAAUAAAAAAAAUAUGAAUAAAUCGAAAAAUGGGAAUGAUAAUUAUGAACAUGCUAUACCUGAUGGAAAUGAUGAAUUUUAUGAAUUAAUAAAAAAAACUUUUAAAGAAAAAAAAAAUGAUUUAGGUUUAUGGAAUAUUUAUUGCCGUGAAAUAAUGUAUAGAAUAAAUGAAAAAAAUUUAAGUCCAAAAAUAAUUACAAAUUCAUUAACUUUGUUAUCAUAUACUGAGUAUGAAAAUAAUCGAAUUUUUAUUGAAAUAAUAAAUCGAUGCAUUCUUAGACUUAAAGAUUUUGAUCUAAUUCAUAUAUGUUCUAUGAUAAAUUUUUUAUGCAAAAAGAAUCUUAAAAGUGUAUAUUUAUUACAAGAAAUUAGAAAAAGAAUAAUAGACGAAAAAAAAAUCGAAUUUUUUGAUAAACCAUCAUCUCCACAUUAUAUAAGUCUUUUAAUAAACUCGCUAAUAAAAUUAGAUUAUUUUAAUAAUAUAAAUAAUAAUUUUGAAAAUAAACAAUUUCUUUUUUUUUUACUUCAAAAAAUUGAAAAUAACAAACCGUCUGAGUUCAGUCUUGUGGGUUUAAGUUUACUACUUUACAAUAUAUCUAAAUUGAAAAUUACAGAAAAAUAUCAUUUAUUUAUUUUAUAUCACGAUCAUAUAUUAAAAUUAAAAAAACAUUUUAAUGUUAUACAAGUAAUAAAUAUUUUAAGUGCCUAUAAUACUACAAAUUUGUUAACUUUUCCAAUUUUAACCCAAUUAUUAGAAUCAUUAAUUUAUAAAAACCAUCUUUUCAAAAAAAUUUCUUUACGCCAUCUUGUCAGAUUAGUACAGAUCUCUUUCCGCUUUUUAUCGAAAAAUGGAAAAAAUCUAAGAAUGAUAGAAACAGGAUCCAAUAUUUCUGAUAAACAAAAUAAUUAUAAAAUGAUUAUACAAAUGAAUGUUCAUAUAUUUAAUUCGAUUUUUAACACUUUACCAUUCUGCAAAAAAAAGGAAUAUCUUGUAUUAUUAUGUUCAACACUGAGCACAUACAAGGAAUUAGUCAUGAAAUGUUUUGAUAUUAAAAAGGAUGAUAAAGAAUCUGUUUUUAUUAUAGAAAACAUAAAUGAAUUGUUCAAAUUAAUGAAAACAAAUUUGAUAAAUCUGAUAAAUACAUGUAAUAGUAUAGAAUUGUCUAUCAUAUUUUAUUGCUACUCAAUUUAUAAAAUAAAUGAUAUAAAUUUAUUUCAAUGUAUAAAAUUAAGAGUUUUAAGAAUAUUUUCUACAUUUGAUGAAAAGACAUUUUCUUAUAUUUUUAAAGCUUUUAAAAAUUUGAAAAUAGAAGACAAUGUUUUUGAAUAUUCUUGUUUAAAUAAAAUAAUUCAAUUUAAUCAUUUUAAUUCUAUAAAUAAUUUAUCUAGAAUUUUAUCAGCUUAUAUAAUGAUAACCCCUAAAAAACAAAUUCCGAAAAUUACUAACAUAUUUUUUGAAUCGUUCAAACAAAUUUUAAUUCGCUAUUUUGAAAAAAAAAAAAUAUUAUUAACCAAUUCUUUUAAUUGUGAACCAAUAAAACAAAUUGAAUAUGAGAAGGAAUAUGACGAUGAACAUUUUAUUGAUAUAGUUUCUAUUGUUAUUAAAUUAUUUUCAAAAGUUUUAUACUUAAAUAUACCUAGUUUCAUAAUAUUUAUAUCAAACUAUUUUUAUAAAUAUACAAAAAAUAUACUAAUAAAUAAUAUUGUAACUAUUUUAGAUUCAUUAGCUAUUAUGUCUUCUAAAAUAAAAACAAAAGAAAACAAAUUAUAUUGGAAAAAUUAUUAUUGUAUGGUAAACUAUUAUGUAAAUAAAAUUUUAGAAACUGAUCAAAUUUAUAAAAAUAAAACGUUAAUGAUCAACUUUAUAAGUAGUACAGGAAAAAUAUAUCAUUCCUUUAUUCGCGAUAAUUUAGAUAAUUAUUUCAUUCUUAAUGAAAAUAAUAUUGAAACAAACUUGUGUUUUAAAAACAUUUCUCAUAAAUCUGUAUUAAUUGGGAAGGAAGAUAAUAGUCAAUUUGUAUUUAAAAAUUUUUUUUUUUUUAAAAGCAUAUUAGAUAUGUUCCUGUCACAUUUAAAAAAUCAGAUAAAAAAUAUGACCAUUGGUGAAAUAACUGUACUUAUGGAAUGUUUAAAAAAAGAAAAUUAUUCAGAGGAAGCUAUCUGUUUAAUUUUAAAAAAUGAGGAUAAAAUUUUUUUUAACGAUUUAGUAGAAAGGUGUAUUACUAUUUUUACAGAUUUUGAAAAUCCAGAAAAAAAAGAAGCCAAAUAUUAUAUGAAUUAUGAUAAUAAAAAAAAUGGAAUAAUUAUUUUAAAAAAUUUAAUAUUAUUACAAAUAUAUAAUAAUAAAUUAGUUGAUUUAAUUGUUAAAAAUUAUAUACUUCAAUAUAAUUAUUUAUCAUCAAUUAAUUUAUUAUCACAAAGUAUAUAUUAUUUGUGUAUAUAUAGUUUGUGGACAGAAUGUUUUGUAAAAAAAAAACAAAUUUAUUUAUUAAAAUUUUUAAUUCAAAAAAUAUAUGAACUGUUCAUAAAUAAUCAUAUUUUAAUUCAUAAUUUUUCAAAUUCGGAUAUAAAUAUUUCUUUAAAUCAAAUUAAAAAAUUAUCUGAAGAUAUUUCAUUUAUUAAUUCAAUUAAAUAUUUAUAUGAAGCAAUAUUAAUUAUAUUAUUAAACAUGACAAAUUUAUUUCCCAUUAAUCCCAUUAUUACAACAUCACAAAAAAAAAAUAUAAUAUAUAAUACAUCGUUUUUUAUAAAUGAUAUAAAUUUUUUACGAUUAUAUUUAUCUGUUUUUAAUAUAGUUGAUCAUAUUAUGGAAAAAAAUAAAUAUCAUCAGGUUAUUAUAAAUCACAAAUCUGAAUUAUCCCCCAUAACUAUUCAAAUACAAAAUAUUUUUCAAAAUUUAGAUAUUAAGAUUGCGAAAUCUACUUUAUUCCAUUUUUAUAAUAUAAUUAAAUUAUCUUUUUAG